AUGAAAACUCACACUGAAGAGCAUCCAUACCCAUGCCCGCAGUGUGGAAAGAUUUUCAAAAGAAAAAAUAAUCUCACGGUCCACAUGAAAACUCACACUGAAGAGCGUCCAUACCCAUGCCCGCAGUGUGGAAAGAUUUUCAAAAGAAAGAAUCAUCUCACGGUCCACAUGAGAAUUCAUUCUCAAGAACGCCCAUUCCCAUGUCUUCAAUGUGAAAAGACCUUCACAAGGAAAGAUCAUCUUAUAGAUCACUUGAAAAUUCACACUGGAGAGACUCCAUACCAAUGUCUUCAGUGUGAAAAGACAUUUGGCAGUAAAGCUAGUCUAAAGGUCCACAUGAAAGUUCACACUGAUGAGCGUCCGUACGCAUGUCUUCAGUGCGAAAAGAAAUUCAACAGGAAAGAUUGUCUAUCAGUCCACAUGAAAGUUCACACUGGAGAGCGUCCAUACGCAUGUCUUCAGUGUGAAAAGACAUUUAACAGGAAAGGUGGUCUCACAGAACACAUGAAAAUUCACUCUAGAGAGAGUCCAAACCCAUGUCCUCGGUGUGGAAAGACUUUCAAAAGGAAAGAGGGUCUUGAAGAACACAUGAAAAUUCACACUACAGAGAGUCCACACCCUUGUCUUCAGUGUGGAAAGGUUUUCACACAAAAAAAUUAUCUUAUGGUCCACAUGAGAGUUCACACUGGAGAGCGCCCAUACCCAUGCCUGCACUGCGAAAAGAGUUUCACACGAAAAAAUAGUCUUGUGGGCCACAUGAGAUUUCACUCUGGUGAUGUACACCCAUGUCUGCUGUGUGGCAAGAGUUUCACAAGCAAAAGUGAUCUAUCAGUCCACACAAGAAUUCACACCGGAGAGAGUCCAUACUCAUGUUCUCAAUGUGGAAAGAGUUUCACGCAGAAAACUCAUCUUAAAAUCCACAUGAGAACUCACACUGGAGAGCGCCCAUACCCAUGUCUUCAGUGUGGAAAGCGUUUCAGAACCACAGGACAUCUAACUCUCCACAUGCUAAUUCACACUGGAGAAAAGGCCUACCCUUGUCUUCAGUGUGGAAAGAGUUUCAGACACAAAGCUUAUCGAUCAAUACACAUGAGAAUUCACACUGGACAGCGCCCAUACCAGUGUACUCAGUGUGAAAAGACUUGCAGGAACAAAGGUCAUCUAAAUGUCCACAUGAGAAUUCACACGGGAGAACGCCCAUACCCGUGUCUGCAGUGUGGAAAGAGCUUUGCACACAAACCUAGUCUUAUGAUCCACAUGAGAAUCCACACCGGAGAACACCCAUACCCAUGUCUUCAGUGCGAAAAGGGUUUCAGACACAAAAAAAGUCUUGAGGAACACGUGAGGACUCACACCGAAGAACGCCCAUACCCAUGUCAUCAGUGCGAAAAGGGUUUCAGACACAAAAAAAGUCUUGAGGAACACGUGAGGACUCACACCGAAGAACGCCCAUACCCAUGUCAUCAGUGUAAAAAGUGUUUCAAACGCAAAAAAACUCUUGAGGAACACAUGAGGAUUCACACCGGAGAAAGCCCAUACCCAUGUCUUAAGUGUGGAAAGACAUUCACAAGGAGGGGUAAUCUUGCAGUCCAUAUGAAAGUUCACACUGGAGCACGCCCAUAUCCAUGUCUACAGUGCGGAAAAUGUUUCAAACAAAAAACGACUCUUGAAGACCACACAAGAAUUCACAUUGAAGAGGGUCCAUGCUAG